AUGAUCAAGUGGAUUUAUCCCAGAGAAGAAGCUCUUGGAGAAACUACCCAAGUUUAUUGGAAAACUGGCAAUAAUGCUGUUUAUCAAGUGGAUGGGAGUAAAUCCUUUAAUUUUGAUCGUGUCUUUGAUAGUAAUGAAACCACUAAAGAUGUUUACGAAGAAAUAGCAGUGCCCAUCAUAGAUUCUGCCAUACAAGGCUAUAAUGGUACUAUAUUUGCCUAUGGGCAGACUGCUUCGGGAAAAACAUUUACUAUGAUGGGUUCAGGAGAUUAUUUGGGAGUAAUACCCAGGGCAAUUCAUGACAUUUUCCAUAAAAUUGAGAAGUUUCCUGAUAGGGAAUUUCUCUUGCGUGUGUCUUACAUGGAAAUAUAUAAUGAAACCAUUACAGACUUACUUUGUGACACUCGAAAAAUGAAGCCUUUAAUAAUUCGGGAAGACUUCAAUAGGAAUGUGUAUGUAUCUGACCUCACAGAAGAAGUUGUUUCUACAUCAGAAAUGGCUUUGAAGUGGAUCAGAAAGGGAGAAAAGAAUAGACAUUAUGGAAUUACAAAAAUGAAUCAAAGAAGCAGUCGCUCUCAUACCAUUUUUAGGAUGAUUUUGGAAAGUAGAGAGAAAGGUGAACCUUCUAAUUGUGAAGGAUCUGUCAAGGUGUCCCACUUGAAUUUGGUUGAUCUUGCAGGCAGUGAAAGAGCUGCUCAAACAGGUGCUGAAGGUGUGAGACUUAAGGAAGGCUGUAAUAUAAAUCGAAGUUUAUUUAUUUUGGGACAAGUGAUCAAGAAACUUAGUGAUGGACAAGUUGGGGGUUUCAUAAAUUAUCGAGAUAGCAAAUUAACACGAAUUCUCCAGAAUUCCUUGGGAGGAAAUGCCAAAACACGUAUUAUCUGCACAAUUACUCCAGUGUCUUUUGAUGAAACUCUUAGUACUCUCCAGUUUGCCAGUACUGCUAAAUAUAUGAAGAAUACUCCUUAUGUAAAUGAGGUAUCGAGUGAUGAAGCUCUCCUGAAAAGAUAUAGAAAAGAAAUAAUGGAUCUUAAAAAACAGUUAGAGGAGGUUUCUACAGAGACUCGGGCCCAAGCAAUGGAAAAAGACCAAUUGGCCCAACUUUUGGAAGAAAAAGAUCUGCUUCAAAAAGUGCAGAUUGAGAAAAUUCAAAACUUAACACGAAUGCUGGUGACCUCUUCUUCCCUCACAUCACAACAGGAAUUAAAGGCAAAAAUAAAACGAAGAGUCACUUGGUGCCCUGGCAAAAUUAACAAAAUGAAGGACUUAAACUAUGUGAAUGAGUUUAAUAUGCCAAUGAAUACAACAAAAAGACAAAGGAGUGAUGUAACUUCAAUAGGAGAAAUUGAUGAAUCUGUCUGUUCAGAGGCUGAUGUUUUCAGUAACACCCUUGAUACAGUAACGGAUAUAGAGUGGAAUCCAGCAACAAAGCUACUAAGUCAGGAAAACUUAGAAAGUGAGUUGAAUUCACUUCGUGCUGAUUAUGAUAAUCUGGUAUUGGACUAUGAAAAACUAAGAAAAGAAAAUGAAGAAAUGGAAUUGAAAUUAAAAGAAAAGAAUGAUUUGGAUGAAUUUGAGGCUCUAGAAAGAAAAGCAGAAAAAGAUCAAGAGAUGCAACUAAUUCAUGAAAUUUCGAACUUAAAGAAUUUAGUUAAACAUGCAGAAGUAUAUAAUCAAGACCUUGAGAAUGAACUAAGUUCAAAAGUAGAUCUACUUAGAGAAAAAGAAGACCAGAUUAAAAAGUUACAGAAAUACAUAGACUCUCAGAAUUCAGAAAGUGUGAAAAUGGACUUGUCAUACUCAUCGGAAGACAGUGACGAUCUAAAACAAAAGAAACAAACUCUGCUUGAUGCUGAAAUUAUAGCCCUUGAUGCCAAGAGAGAAUCAGCCUUUCUUAGGAGUGAAAAUCUGGAGCUGAAAGAGAAAAUGAAAGAACUUGAAAGUAUGUACAAGCAAAUGGAAAGUGAUAAUCAGUUACAUCAAAGCCGGUUGGAGGCAAAAAAGAAAAUACAAGUUGAUCUGGAGAAAGAAUUACAAUAUUCUUUUAAUGAAAUAACAAAACUCAACUCCCUUUUAGAUGGCAAAGUUCCAAAAGAUUUGCUCUGUAAUUUGGAAUUGGAAAGAAAGAUUACAGCUCUCCAGAAAGAACUGAAGAAAGAAGUUGAAGUAAAUGAAACUUUGCAUGAAAAAGUUAAUUUGCUCUCAGAAUUGAAAUCUUUACCUUCAGAAGUAGAAAUGCUAAGGAAAGAGGUAAAUGAUAAGUCUGAAGAGCUAUAUCUAAUAACAUCAGAGAAAGACAAAUUGUGUUCUGAAGUAGUUCAUAAGGAGAGUAGAAUUCAAGAUUUACUUGAAGAAAUUAAGAAAACUAAAGAUGACCUUGCAAUCACCCAGUUGAAUUAUAAAAACAUGGAUCAAGAAUUCCAAGAUUUUAAAAAUUAUCAUAUUGAAUUUGAACAAAAGUAUGACAUGGUCCUUGAAGAGAAUACAAGAAUAAAUCAGGAAAUAGAAAAUCUCUCUAAAGAAUCUCAAAAACUUGGUUUAACUUUGGAUGACCUAAAGACAGAGCUUUCUCAGAAAACCCAAGAACUUCAGCAAAGUCAAGAAAGGUUCAAUGAAGUGGAACAGCUGAAGGAACAAUUACAAAGUAAAGAUUCCAGGCUGCAAACUAUAGAAAGGGAGAAAAUACUGACUACUGAGAAGCUUCACCAAACCUUAGAAGAAGUAAGGAUCUUGACCCAAGAAAAGGAUGACUUAAAACAACUCCAAGAGAGCCUGCAAGUUGAGAGAGACCAGCUGAAAAGUGACAUUGAGGAUACUGUAAACAUGAACAUAGACACCCAAGAACAAUUACGAAAUGCUCUUGAAUCUUUGAAACAACACCAAGAAACUAUCAACACGCUAAAAAUGAAAAUUUCCGAGGAAAGCUCCAAGAAUUUGCCUGUAGAAAAAACCAUAAAAGAAACUAAGGAUGAAUUUCAGGAAGAGAUCCAAGAGGCUCAAGACAUACCAGAACAGUCCUUUAAUAUGCAGGAAAAAGACAAUGAGAUUAAGAAAAUAAACAGUGAGAUGGAGCAAUUGAAGGAGCAACUCAAAGCUAAAGAGUCAGCACUGCUAGGAUUAGAAAAGGAAAAACUCAAGUUGUCGGAGAGACUUCAAGAAAGUCAUCAGGAAAUGAAAUCGAUAGCGACGGAGAGAGAUGACCUACAGAGGCUGCAGGAAGCUCUUCAGGCUCAAAGUGACCAACUCAAAGAACACAUGAGAGAACUCACAGCUAAGCACCUAGAAACUGAAGAGGAACUUAAAGUUGCUCAUUGUCGCCUGGAAGAACAGAAGGAAACUAUUGAUAAGCUGAGAGUGAAUCUUUCAGAGAGAGAAACUGAACUAUCAAGCUUUCAAAAGGAAUUAGAAACAACCAAUGAUGAAUUACAGAAAAAGAUGCAAGAGCUUCAUGAAAAACAGGAACAAUUUAUUUGCGUCAAAGAAAUCAGUGAGACUCAGGAAAAAAUGAGUGAACUGGAACAAUUAAGGGAGCAACUCAAAGCCAAAGAUUCAUCACUAGAAAGCACGGAAAGGGAGAGGCUCAAGUUAACUGAGAGACUUCAGAAAAGUGAAGAAGAAAUAAACAUUAUAAUUAAAGAAAGAGAUGAACUGAAAGGGGUGCAAGAGGCCCUUCAAAUGGAGAGAGACCAACUCAAAGAAAACAUUAAAGAACUUGUAGCUGAAAGACAGAAAAUCAAAGAGGAACUACAAACUACUUACAUUCUUCUAAAGGAGUACCAAGAAACUAUUAGUUCAAUGAAUAUUUCAAAGAAGACAGAUCAAGGAGCAAAUAUUCAGAGAGAUUUAGAAAAUUCAGAUGCUGAAUUAUGGGGAAAGAUUCAAGAAUUUCCGGAAAAAGAACAUCAGCUUCUUGAGAUGAAAGCUGUAAAUGAGACUGAGGAGACAAUGUGUGAAAUAGAAUACUUGAAGAAGCAAUUUGAAACCCAAAAGUCAACUGUGGAAAACCUAGAAAUAGAGAACAUAAGGUUAACUCAGAGACUCCAGGACAACCUUGAAGAAAUGAGAUCUGUUACAAAAGAAAGAGAUGACCUUAGGAGUAUGGAGGAGACUCUCAAAGUAGAGAGAGACCAGCUCAAGGAAAACGUAAGAGAAACUGCAAUUAGAGACCUGGAAAGACAAGAGGAACUAAGAAUUGCUCACAAACAUCUGAAGGAGCAUGAGGAAAUUAUUGAUGAACUCCGAAGGAUUGUUUCUGAGAAAACAAAUGAAAUAUCAAAUAUGCAAAUGGAUUUAGAAAACAAAAAUAGUGCCUUAAAAGCACAGAUCCAAGAAGUUCAGGAGAAAGAACAUCAUCUUCUUGAGGUAAAAAAUGAUCUCAAGGAAACUAUGUAUCAAACAGAGCAAUUAAAGAAGCAAUUGGAGGCCCAGAAUUCAAUCUUGGAAAAUACAGAAACAGAGAAAUUAAGGUUGACUCAGAAACUUCAUGAAAACCUUGAAGAAAUAAAAUGUGUUACUAAGGAAAGAGAUAGCCUAAGGAGAAUGGAGGGAACCCUCAAAAUGGAGCAAGACCAGCUCAGAGAAAGCCUCAGAGAAGCAGAAGUUAAAAAGCACCGGGCAGGGAUUGUUUCUGAGAAGACAGAUGAAAUGUCAAAUAUGCAAAUGGUUUUAGAAAAUUUAAACACUGUAUUACAAGAAAAGAUCCAAGAACUUAGGGCAAAUGAACAUCAACUCUUGAAGUUAAAAGAAGACUUCAGUGAGACACAGAAGAAAAUGUCUGAAAUGGAGCAAUUAAAGAAACAAUUCAAAACCCAAAGUUUAACUCUGGAUAAAAUAGAAAUGGAGAACUUAAAUUUGACUCAGAAGCUUCAUGAAAACCUUGAAGAAAUGAAAUCUGUAAUGAAAGAAAGAGAUCAUCUAAGGAGAGUAGAAGAGACUCUCAAACUGGAAAGAGACCAACUCAAGGCAAAUCUACAAGAAACCAUAGUUAGAGAUCUGGAAACACAAAAGGAACUAAAAAUUGCUCGUAUUCAUUUGAAAGAGCACCAAGAAACAAUUGAUAAAUUCAGAGAAAGUGUUUCAGAGAAAACAACUCAGAUCUCAAAUAUUCAAAAGGAUUUUAAUAAAUCAAAAGAUGAUUUACAGAUAAAGAUCCAAGAACUUCAUAAAAAAGAUAUUCAACUUCUUAAAAUGAAAGAAGAUGUCAAUAAAAGUCAUAAAAAAGUGAAUGAAAUGGAACAAUUGAAGAAACAAUUUGAGGCUCAAAAUUUAUCUAUGCUAAGUUUGGAAAUGGAUAACUUACACUUGACUAAGAAACUUCAUGAAAGCCUUGAAGAGAUAAGAAUUGUAGCUAAGGAAAGAGAUGAGCUAAGGAAGAUAAAAGAGUCUCACAAAAUGGAAAGAGACCAAUGCAGAGAAACCUUAAGAAAAAUGAUAGCUAGACAAGACCAACAGAACCACAAAGAAGUAGUAAAACAUGAAAAAAAGUUACUGUGUGAUGAAAAAGAGCACCCUACAGAAAGCCUGAGAGAAAAGUGCUUUAGGAUAAAAGAGCUUCUGAAGAGAUACUCAGAGAUGGAUAACCAUUAUGAAUUCUUACAUAGAUUGUCUCUUGACUUGGAGAAGGAGAUUGAAACCCAAAAACAGCUUUCAGUUAAAAUAAAAGCAAACCUCUCACUUCCAUAUCAACAAACCAAAGAGAUUCAAAAACUUCUCACUGUCAACCAAAGGUGUUCCAUGGAAUUCCACAGAGUCAUGAAAAAUCUAAAGUAUGCGUUAAGCAAUGUUAUAAUGAUAAAGAAAGAACAGCACGAAUCCAUCAAUAAAUUUGAAAUGGUUUUCAUUGAUGAAGUGGAAAAACAAAAUGAGCUGAUAAGUCAACUUGAGCACCUUCCCCAAGGUUAUGAUGUAUCAUCCAGAGAAUUAAGGGACCUCAAAUUGAGCCAAAAGGUGGAUCUACAUAUUCAGACUAUAGUGAAUGAAUCAACAGAAUUUGAGGAAAGAAAUGCUACUUUAGCCAAAGAAUGGGAACUUGACCUGAAAUCAAUGAAAGAGGAAAAUGAAAAACUGUUUAAAAACUACCAAACUUUGAAGAUCUCUCGGACACCUGGUGCCCUUGCUAAUCCUACUACACAAGACGAUAAGAAUCUUCAUGUUACAUCGAGAGACACACAGCCCAUCACAGAGAAAAUUCAAGAGCUGGAAGCUUCACUGCAUGAAGCUAAAGAAAGUGCUAUGCAUAAGGAAGGCAAGAUUAUAAACAUGCAGAAAGAACUUCAGAUGACUUAUGAUGUAAUAUCAAAACUUCAAGCACAAGUUAAUGAAUCAAAUAAAUGCCUUGAGAAAACAAAAGAAAUGACCCAAGAACUUCAGGACAAAGUUGCUUUAGGAGCCAAACCCUAUAAAGAAGAAAUUGAAGAUCUCAAAAUGAAGCUGGUGAAAACAGAUCUAGAGAAUAUGAAAAUUGUCAAGGAGCUUGAAAAGGAAAUUGCUUCUACAAAAGCCACUGUAGAAUAUCAAAAAGAAGCUAUAAGGGUAUUGAGAGAAAAUCUUAGAAGAAAUCAACAAGCCCAAGAUACCUCAAUUGUACUAGAAGUUAAUGAUUCUAAACCUUCCAAUAAACCCCUCACAUGUGGGGGUGGCAGUGGCAUUGUACAAAGCACAAAAGCUCUUAUUUUGAAAAGUGAAAAUGUAAGACUAAAAAAGGAAAUUUCUAAAUUGAAGCAGCAAAAUGAACAGCUAAUACACCAAAAGAAUGAACCAUUAAGCAAUAAUCAUCAUCUUUCCAAUGAGGCUCUCAAAGAUGUAACUUGUGAGAAUUCUCCAAAGACUCCAAAAAGAACAGCUUCUGAAAAGAGACACCGAACACCUUCUCAGUGCAAGGAGCAGAAUUUACAAGAUCCUGUGCCAAAGGAGUCACCAAAAUCUCGGUUUUUUGACAGCCGGUCGAAGUCCUUUCCAGUACCCCAUCCAGUUCGCUAUUUUGAUAACUCAGGUUUAGGCCUUUGUCCAGAAGAGCCAGCUGCUGGAGGGGAGAAUGUGGAUCCUCAGUCAGCUGCUUGUCAGGCCUUCUCAGAAAAGGACCUGCCGGAGUGCAAGAUGCAGUAGUCACCUGUCACUUUUCCGGGCCCCGCAUUCCUCCGCUGUUACUUCAUGUGUCUACGCCUGGCGAUUAUGUCACAGUCCAACUGAAUUUCAGUUCUGUUUUAGUUUUGCCACUAGAUUGAAAGGUGAAGGAACAGGAGAUUGAGGCAUUCUAGUAGUUUAGGUGAUAGCAAUGUCGUCGUCUUGAAUGUCAUACUAAGAAGUGGAACUGUCUUAUUUAUUUAUAUAUUUUUAAAGAAUAAAGUUAUUGAAGGAAACUUUAAAU